AUGGAGAGGAAGUUGGAAAUGGCUCAAUUGCUGCAGGAACUGGUUAACAGCAUUGGUGAUGCACGAGUGAGGAUGGAUGAAUGGCAAGAGACAGUACAUCACGCAUUGCACGGGCAGCUUCAAUUUCCAACAGUGGACGCAGACGAUGAGGUGCGGUCCCGCACGCGGCAGCUGGAUGCACUGAAGACAGCGCUGCGCACCCUGCGCACCCAGCCGCACAGCUUUGUACUGCGCUUUGUGGAACUAGAUGGUCUGCCCGCACUACUCUCCUUCCUGGGGGGCAUGGACUACCAGACAGCACAGAGUUCUGUCCACACCUCACUCAUCGGCUGUGUCAAGGCACUCAUGAACAACUUGGAGCACAUAGUCACAAAGAGUGUGACAGCAAUGUUUGACCUGUUACGUCGCAAGCUGAGCCACAAGGCAGCCUAUCCCCAUCUCCUGUCAUUGCUCCAUCUCUGCAUUCUACUGUCAUUGGACUAUGGUUCCCAUCCACAACACUGGCUGCUGUUUGAACGGAUAGUGCAGCAGCUGGUCCUCCAAGGGGAAAACAGCAACAACCCUGAUGUGGCUCCUCUCCAGAUCAACGUCAAAGAGCUGGUGCACUUGCUCGCAAAGGAAGAAGAGUUGGUGGCUGCAAGAAACAGAGCAGAUGAACUGGAGAAGGAAAAUGCAAAUCUCGCCUCAUGGUUGGCGAAGAAGGAGCAGGAACUGGAUCUCCGACUGCAAGAAAAGGAAGACAUGGAGACAAACUUACAAAGAGUCAAGGAGAGGCUUGAGAAGGAGAUGGCAGCCCACCUAGAGAUGAAGCAGCGCUGCUUGGAGCUGGAAGACCGUGCCUGUGAGCUAGACCGACAGGUGGUCUCAAAGAGGGGGCAGAGGCAUCGCCUGGAACAGCUUGUCAGCUUGAGGUCGCUGCCAGAUGACGCCAAGAAUGAAGGCUCUGUAGAAGAUCUAUCAAAGCUGGGCAAGAACUGCACAAAAGUCAUCUCAGUAAUAGAUGGUAGACGUGCCCAGAAUUGCACCAUCUUACUGUCCAAGCUUAAAAUGUCAGACGAAGAAAUUUCUAGAGCCAUACUAAGCAUGGAUAGCAGGGACCAGCUCCCAAUCGAUAUGGUGGAGCAGCUGCUUAAGUUCACACCAUCAGCAGAAGAGGCUGCUCUGCUGGAAGAGCAUGCAGAGGAGAUUGACAGCCUGGCACGAGCUGACCGCUUCCUGUACGAAAUAUCAAAAGUAAGUAUAGAAACUAAACCGAUUGGCCACUACGAGCAGCAGCUAAGGAGCCUGCACUACAAGAAGUGCUUCACAACAUCAGUGUGCGAGCUGGAACCACGCGUGAGGGCAGUGCUGGAAGCCUCGCGGAAGGUAGUGUGGUCGCGGCGCCUGCGGCGUCUGCUGGAUGUGGUGCUGGCAUUGGGCAACUACAUGAACCGCGGUGCACGUGGCAAUGCCCGUGGCUUCCGCCUGGCCUCCCUGAAUAGGCUGGACACACGGUCCAGUGCGGCUCGCGGCACUACCCUGCUGCACUACCUCGUGGAGGUGCUUGACAAGAAGUUCAAUGAGAUUCUGAAACUGGAUGAAGACAUCCCUCACGUAAGGGAAGCUGCAAAAGUCAGAAAUAAUCAAGAUAUUGGAAUGAUAAAUGAAGAUGAGAAAAAUACCGUGGAAGAAGCGAUUGUGACACAUUGGUUCUUCCAAACAACUAUGACUGAAAAAUUACACGUGCCUGUCAUGAGUGAGUUCCUGUCCUCUGCCACCUGCCGCUUCUCAGAACUCGAGGACCUCUUCCAGGAUAUGAAAACACGGUUUGACCGGGCUGUCCGGCUAUUUGGAGAAGAUAAUGCUGUGUCAGUACAGCCAGACGAGUUCUUUGGUAUCUUUGAUGCCUUCCUGAAUGCAUUCAAUGAAGCUCAUCAGUACAAUAAUAAUCUCCGAAGACGGAGGGAGGAAGAAGAAAGGAGAGCAAUACAGGAAGCAGAAGACCUACACGGCUGCCCUGUGAAGAGCAUACAGUCUCAGGAAAGGAAACUGGGAUCAACAUAA